CCCCAACACAUCCCAGCCUUCGUUCGGAGGUCUUCAAGCCAUGUGUGGAAGACAAGGACCUAGCCUUUUGUCUGAAUGAGGGAGAGUGUUCGAUCAUUGAAACCGUGGCUGGGGUUCACAGACACUGCAGGUGUAAAGAGGGCUACCAUGGACUACGCUGUGACCAGUUUGUUCCCAAGACAGAUGCUAUCUUGUCAGAUCCAACGGAUGAACUUGGGAUCGAGUUCAUGGAGAGUGGUGAAACCUACCAGAGGCAGGUGCUGUCCAUCUUCAGCAUUGCCUCGGGGAUCUGUCUUCUUGGAGUGGCAUGUAUGGCUCUCUACCGCCACAACAAGAGACACAGGGAGAAACUCCAGGCUCAUUUCUCCGACAGCCGCAGCCUCAGAGACUGUACCGUCAAUGCCUCCGGCCUCAUGUCCAAAUCUACCCCCAGACUUCAAUACAGCCUUCAGCUCCAAAAGAGUUGCACUUCUCACGGAUCGUCUGUUAAGGGCGGCAAAGUGGCACCAGGGGCAUCAACAGUAGCUCCACCUAUUCUCAGCAAAGCACUGUCUAAAGGGAAACGCUUCAGGAGUAGUUCGCUCUCACUCAGCCCAGCCCUACAACGGAGAGAGACUAAUUACUUCAGGACUCCACCCAUUUCCAGAGGGAAACACAAAAUACCCACAAAUCUUAUUGACGGAUCCAGAGUGGCGGGGCAUGUCUACAAACACUUGCAGGAGGAUGAGUCAUCGGACAUGGAGUCCAUAAGAAGGUGUGAUUCUGCCGGCGGAAGGGUCGGCGCCCUCCUGAGCAGGACCUCACUCUCUCACUUCACAGCCAGGAAAGGAUGGACUGAGGUUCCCUGCACCCGCCUCGAUAAAGGUACGACCUUCCUGCCACCCUCCCUCCGCACCCGAUCUGUGCCCAUCAUCCCUUCGCUCCAAACGUGUGACCUUGAGGCCGGCCACCCGGUCACGAGUGACCGGAACCAAGCGGGGCUCUUCAAGUGGCACCCCGUGCUGGCUGGAAAGACGGGCCUUCCCGUUAGCAAUCCUCCCUCUCCCCCUGAAAGCGUCGUGCUGGCGACCAGUGUCAUGCCCAGCAGCGUUAGCCCCCCCGCCGCCGCCGCUUCUCUCCUGGGGUUGGAGAAGAAUCUCGGCUCUCCUCAAACACCCUGCUCCUUUGAAAUUACAGUGGAACUCGCGCAGGAGUUAAAACAGAAAAGCCUUUGCAGCCCCAUGAAAAGGUCUGGGUCUCACAGUGAGAUCCACCACGGUGGCACAAACACUCUUGAGAAGACGGCACGGGAGUCAGAGGGGAAAAGUGUCCAGUAUUCCCCCAGAGUUCUGCACACAGGCAGCGGGACCAGAGGAUGGAAGGCAGCAGGCCAAAGAGGAACCCGGGGACAGUGCCAAGGUCAGACAUCUCUUGUGUACGGAGGAGCAGACUUGGCCACCAAAGGACCCAUCUGCAGAGGAAUUGGAAACACUUAUGCCAAGCCCUCUGCGAGCUGAUUGGAUUAACUCUGUAAAGAGAAGACACCGUUUCCAAUAAAUGUAUACCUUUGCUGGUGGCUCAGUAUGGCUAGCAGGUGGGACCAUCUGUGUGGCCACAUGGACCAAUAACAGAUGGCCAUCAGUUUUCGAAAGAACACGAACAGAUUGAAUUCCCGAGGGGGGAAAAAUAUUGACACAAAAGACAUCGAAUUACAAAAGGAAAAGAGACAAACAAACACACAUUGUGAAUAAAUGUGACUCAAAAGGAAAACAAAACCAUGACUUGAGUGGGAGCUUGACUUAAACAGUGUAUUGAAAAAAAUGCCACUAUUACAAGGAGCUUCUACUUAGAAACCAAAAUAGUGUGUUAUCUCUAUGUUGUUUCUCUAUUGUAAAGAAAUGAAAUUAUAUAUGUCAUAUAAUAUAUGUCAUAUAGACAUAUAUAUAUUUGACAUACAAUUGUGACAAAAUAAAGACUAAGAUAACAGUGUUAA